GGCGAAUAUUUUGCGUCUAACAUUUCAGAAAAUUUUUUUUCUAAGUUCCUAAAAUUUUUAUGCCGCUUAUCUCGCAGGAAUCUAUGAAGGGAAAAACCCUGCAAAUGACUUUUAGGCCAUGGUUGAAAGCGAAAGUUCUACGGAUUCACAAUUUUUAUGGCGGAAAUACCUAAACUGAUAUUUUCCAAGAGCUAAUAGCGGGAUUCAGUUUACGAGAAAGCCUCUCUAAUUACGAAAAAAUAGUUGUUUUUUGCAUAUGCGAUAUUCACGCUUCAAACGAAGACUGUCACUCAUCAGAGAGCAGGAAGCUUGUAUGACGUGGGAGAAUUUUUCUUAACGACAAAACGACAAAAAUUGUUAUGUUUGUUGACAUCCAAAUAAAAUAUUUCGAUCAAGAACAAAAACGUCUCAAAGUAUGUACAUUUAUGUCCAAAGUAAAUAGUUUUAAAUUUGAUAACUGCUCUUGCUACUUGUGUAUUUGUAAUAUUUUGCGUCUAAAAUUCAGAAAAAUAAAAUUCCUAAAAUUUUUACGCUGCUUAUCUCGCUGUAGAGGUAUAAUAUAUCGUAUCCAAAAUCAAGGACGAAUGCAAUAAUUUAUUUACGUUCGUUACGUCUGUUACGCCCCUUUUACGCUAAUUUUCCGACUUGUUAGUUUCUCAAACCAUCUGCACAAACUAGGAAAAUAUUUAGCUUUCUGAUUGGGGCCUGAAAUCUCCAAACUUUCGUAUGACAUCAUAGUGACAUCACACCGCUCCUAAUAUGCAAAUGAGCCAGGGUCUGUCCCUAAAAUGCAAACUUGAGUCUAGAGCCACAAAUAGACCUUUGUGGGGCAGCUGUAGCAAGCGCAAUUUACUGUUAGAAACGUGCUCUAACUUUCAAGAUUGGACCCAGAUUUCUCCAAGUUCACCGGACUUGAAGACGAACGCUGGAAUAUUUGUCAUCAGUAAACUUUGAAACAGGAACUUUGAGCAAGAUGGGGCGAAAGAAGAUCCAGAUAUCGCGAAUUGGCGACGAACGCAAUCGGCAGGUGACAUUUACAAAGAGGAAGUUUGGAUUGAUGAAGAAGGCCUACGAGCUGAGCAUUCUCUGUGACUGUGAGAUUGCACUUAUCAUCUUUAACUCUGCAAAUAAGCUCUUCCAGUAUGCAAGCACAGAUAUGGACAAGAUUCUCCUUAAAUACACAGAGUAUAAUGAGCCACAUGAGAGCAGGACAAACACUGACAUUGUUGAGACCAUCUCCAAAAAGGAAAACAAACAGCUAUCAUCCCCUGAGGAAACAGACAAGCAAUUUGUCUUGACACCAAGGACAGAGGCCAAAUAUAACAAGAUCAAUGAAGAAUUUGAUCAGAUGAUGAAAAAGAACUUCAUCCCCCAACAAUCGAAUGCCGGGGGUGACUACCCUUCUCAAAUGCCAGUGGCGAUUCCAGUUCAACACAGCAAUAGCAAUGACGACAACAGUGGCUACUCUGUCAGCCGAAGCAGCAGCGUGGAUACCAUCGGCAGCAACUCAGGGAUGCCAAACUCCAGUGGGCGCAUAUCAACGGGAACUCCAAAUACCAGUGCUGCUGGAGCACUUGCUAUAUCUGUAAAUACCCCUUCUUUAGUCUGCCCUAAAGAAGUCUUAUUAAAGACGGACAUUUGGCAGAGCCGACAGCCAGUUUUCGGUGGACCAUAUUUAUACCCUGGCACAUCACAACAAAGCAUGCAUGACUUAGUAGCAGCUGCCGAACUGAACAGUGCAAAAGCCAUGGUGGCACAGCACAAUCAGCGUAGUACCACCCCCGCGGGAAACGAUCCAAGGAGCUUCACCACCCCCUCCCCCAUGCACAGCGGCCGUAACUCAGUGUCCCCCAAUCCCCAGGCGAUGCCCAUGACGUCACGGCCGCAGCUGAAGGUGGUGAUACCGUCUGCGGGGCAAGGAUUACAAAUGACUUCGCGGUCAAGUAACCCCCAAAACAGCCAAGGGCAGAACUACACCCUCUCAUACGGCCAGCAAACAGACACCCUCUCCCUCUCAACCCCUGUCAUCUCCAUGGCAACGCCAAGCAUGCAAGGCGCUCCACCCUCCUUCCCGUCCGGGAUGCCGUCUGCUAUCGCUGAUAACUUCCAUCUAGACAGCGCGGACACGUUAAAGCAGCUCGCGCAGUUUCCGGCGGGGCUGUUACCGCAACAGGCUGCCUUGUACCAACAGCAGCUCAGUCUACAGGCCAUCAACUUACUGCAGGGUAGAAACCUAGCCCUAGGAGCAAACCUCAUGGGUAACCGCCUGACCGUGCCAACAUCUAGCCACGGACUGCCUUUCAUAAACGUCAAAACCGAGCCGUCCAACGAUCCAGACCGAUCUUCUCCCAACUCACGACCCUCCUCCGUCUCCCCGACGUCGCCAUACGCUCGGAAAACGCCGAGCAGAGACGGACGCGAGGUCGACAAAGCCGACAGCCUGGCGAAGCGACAACGAUUGGAUCCCUCGUCUGCGGCGAACGGCUGGCCGCGUUAGCUUAAAGAGAGGUCACGAGCUCCCUGUGCAUUUUAGGUAGGGUUCGCAAAGUGUGACCGGGCCACAACUAUUCGAGCGCUUGAAGUGCAUACAUAGUUUAUAUCUUAUUUUUUAGAUGUUCUAGAAACGAUAUUGCUCUAUGUAUAUUACUGGCCUUCGUUAAGGUUUAAUUUACUGUAGCCUUGGUUAGAAAAAAAAGCUCUAGAAUUUAAAGUUUUUCUAAGAUCUUUUCCAUAGAAGGUAUAUUUGUAUUUUUUUUGCAUUUUUUAUUUCUUCCCUAUCCUUCUUUUCCUUGCUUUCUAUGUGAAUUUCUACGGUAAAAGAAGAAAGAAAAGAAAGACUGCCGACAAACUCAAUUUGCCUCACGAUCCCUUAAUUUAUUUCUAGAAAACCUGAAAUAUAACUGUACCAUAGCACUAUUAUAGAUCCACCAUAGCUAUUUAACGUCUUAUUUUUAGACUUUAUCACAGAAAAAAUUCUUAACUCAAAGAACCUUUCCCUACCCAGCCGACAUUUGUCCGAGUUCGCUCGUUAAUUGGUCGACUCGUUUUCGGACUAUAUUCGGCAAGUGAUCGUUAGGGCACCCUCCUAGCAGUAGUGAACCGUCUGUGGUGGCAGUUUGUUUAUUCUUUAGACAAAAGCAAUAAUUAGUUCGCUUACCUUGUUAUUACCGAAUUCAAUUCGUUCACAAAUUAUUCUAUUCAUUAUAAAAAAAAAUAUGACGCGUUUUUUUCUUGGCAGUUGAAAUGAAAAAAAUUAUAUUAUACUAACAAGUUUCUGGUCUGUAUUUUGCUGAAAAGUGUUAAACUACUUAAAACAAUCCACAAUUUUCCUAAUCUUUGUAUAUACAGUGUUCGGAAUUAAUUAUAUCCACAUUAGCUCUUUGUUUAUUCAAAAAAGGUUUUUGCGUGAUCGUCAUCCUAUGACGUUGCUUGUACAGAUUAUUCCAUAGAAGAUUUAUUAGUUAACUAUUUGUAAAAUGUAAUUAUGGUCGUCAGUCUUUAUAAAACAGUGAACACUGCAUGCAAAAGAUUUUAAAAGGGUUCGCUCAUUAUCUUGUCUGCGCAUCUCGUGUGCGCAACUUUCACGUGGGCCGAGGUUUAUUGUUUCCAUUCCUUAAGGGAGUGUUCAUCAAAUACCCUGAAGGGAGUGUUCCUUAUAAUACCCCCUAAAAGAGGGGGGGAUGGGCUCUGAUUUUUUAUGACUUCUACUGAAAUCGUAUGGCCUCGAGUGGGGCACCAAAAAAACUGUAGUGGGGCUCUGAAAGGUGUCCUAUGUCCCCCCCCCCCCCCAAUCAGGAUAUUUAAUGAACACUCCCUAAGGGCCAAGAAACCAUGAAGAUCCAUGUUCGAUUCUUCAUUCAAUCUCUCGCUUCUCAUGAAAUGGCAGAUUCUUGCGAAAAUCAUGGCCUACGGAAUACUCGAGGCUUAGACCUUAUCUAGGUAAAGACGAGAAAGUGCUUUUAAACUUAAUUGCCAAAAUCUAGCCCUGUUUUUGCAUCGUACUGUGACACUCCUAGGUAGUAUGUCCAACUUGCGUGACCAGAUUGCGUGAACAGCUUGCGUGACUUUGCUGUUUUAGCUGUGUUUUUAUUAUGAUAACUUUUUUUAUUUUAGAAUUUGUAGUACUAAAAGUCCAAGCAAAAUUAUUAUUUAAUUGGCAUAGGCUUUCUUGCCAAGAAGAACGCCUCUUAAAACACAUAAAAGCGCAUAUGAUUCAGUAUAAUUAAAAUGGCGACAUAACAACAAUAGUAAUAAUAGUGAGAGACCCCACGACACUUAUAGUUUUACCAUCUAUAUAUUAUAUGUAUAACAGCUUGUACAUAGCCCAUCUUCAGUGUGUCGGCAUAAUAGUGUUUUUAUUUCCGCCUCGAAGGCUGGCCUUCGUGAGCGCAAGUAUAGUUACAUAUGGCAGUGAUAUACUCUUGUCUGUCAGAGUGACCAUGGUCGGUUUGUAAGAGUGUGGUUAUAACUUUAUUUGGAUAUGUGUUGCAAAUAAAAUAAUCUCGAGACA